GCACCUCGUUGCUAGGGGCGGAGGCGCGGGAGGCUGUGGUGCUUGGUGGCUACCGACGCCCUCCACUCUGCGCCCCUGCCGGCCUCAGCUCCCGGCCCGGCCAGCCCGCCGGUGGGUAUGGAGCACAAGCAGGGACGACAACUUCCAGCAGCCACAGGGGAUGCCACUGCUUGGCUGCCAUCUGAAACGAGCUCCUUCUCACAAGGUUUUGUGUAGGUUCUGUGCAGCGAUGGGGAAACUGCAAAGCAAACUCAAACACAGCACUUACAAAUACAGCAGGCCUGACGGGAUUAUAGAGGAGAGAAUUCAAACUAAAGCUUGUCUGGAGUAUAGCCCAGCCCACGCGGAGAGUGUCUCUGUCGUUGCUGCUCUGAACUCAGACCUGUGUGUCUCUGGAGGAAAAGAUAAGACAGUGGUGGCCUAUAACUGGAAGAGCGGGGAUGUGGUGAAAAGGUUCAGAGGACAUGAACGAGAGGUCACGAAGAUAGCCUGUAUUCACGGAUCCAGCCUGUUCUUUAGCGCCUCUCGAGACAGGACAGCCAUGAUGUGGGACCUUCGUGGCCCCGCCCAGCCAAGGCAACAGUUCUCUGGCCAUGCCAUGGUGGUCACUGGAUUGGCUGUGAGUACAGACUCGUCACAGCUGUGCACUGGCUCCCGGGACAACACCCUGCUCCUAUGGGACGUUGGGACUGGACAGUGUACGGAGAGAGCUUCCAUCUCCAGGAACCUGGUCACUCACCUGUGCUGGGUCCCCCAAGAAUCAUAUGUACUUCAGACUUCUGAAGAUAAAACCAUCAGGUUAUGGGAUAGCCGGGGACUACAGGUAGCUCACGUAUUUCCCACAAAGCAGCAUAUUCAGACCUACUGCGAGGUCAGUGAGGACGGACACAAGUGUGUCUCCUGCAGCAACGGCUUUGGAGGGGAAGGCUGUGAAGCCACGCUGUGGGACCUAAGGCAGACACGAAACAGAAUAUGUGAAUAUAAGGGGCAUUUCCAGACUGUUGCGUCCUGUGUCUUUCUACCAAGAGCACUGGCCUCGAUGCCUAUAAUUGCUACCUCAUCCCAUGACUGCAAAGUGAAGAUUUGGAACCAAGACACUGGAGCCUGCCUGUUCACCUUGUCCCUGGAUGGAUCAGGACCCUUGACUUCCCUGGCUGUCGGUGACACCAUCUCCUUACUGUGUGCAAGUUUCAGCAAAGGAAUUCACCUGCUCAGAGUGGAGCGCAGCCGAGGGCUGGAGCUGCAGGAUGUGGCAGCCUUCUGAGGCCAGGAGGCACGCACUGGACAAUAUCAAACGUGGCCCGUCCUCACUCCGUGUGGCUUUGUGUUUCCCUGUGAUCUUGCAGGGAGGGCUAUGUGGGAUUCUCUGUUUCCGUCCACUCAGAAGGUCUAUCAGGGUUCGAGGCCAACGUAAUCCCAGGUGCAGCUUAGAAACACGAUAGGUCUCUGAGAGUCCGAACAUGGGGUGGAGUGUAUCAGACUGACCCAUGUCUCCACAGAAGAAAAAGCUGCUGAGGGAGAGACUGUUUGGGUGGUCUCGCAGUUACCCAGAUGGGAGAGGGGAGCGCCGCUCCGUAGAGGACAUGGGUUGUGGACAUGACAUUCCGAUGCAGUCACUGCUCCUCCUCGAGGUGAGGAAGUAUAGGCUUCUGCUGGGAGGGGCCUCGAGUGCAGGUGGCGUGUCCCAGACCAGUGCAUGAAAAUUAGACCCCAGGGGGCUUGAAAAGGCUGACCACCGCAGGGCCUUGCCCUGGAGCCGAGUUGUCUCACUUGUUUUGUGAACAAGGAAGUGGAGAGUUUCCAGAGAUUAAGGCUAAAAAAAAGUCAUUUGUACAUUUUAGUAUUUUUUUAUGUUAUUUUAUGUAAACUCUCUUAGGGACGGCCAGUAUGAGGCCAAUGGAAGUCUUCGACAACCGUAGAAUGUAGAUGGGCGCCUGGGGGGCUCGGGCAGUUGAGCAUCCAACUCUCGAUUUCAGCUUGAUUGAUGAUCUUGGGAGAUGGGAUCGAGCCCCACGUCAGGCUCCAUGCUCAGCAGGGAUUCUGCUGGAGAUUCUCUCUCUAAAAUAAACAAAAAAAAUCUUAAAAAAAAAAAAAAAGAAUGUAGAACAAUGGGACAGACUCAACUCAACUGUAGGCCAGCUCCUUGGUGAGGAGGGACUUGGUGCUCAGGCCAUCCUGUGCAGCCCCCAGGACAUCUAUCCCCGGCAUGGUGCUCACAUGCCCAUUUUCCUUCCAGGAAGUUAGAGUCCGCCUGUCUUCAGGAGAUCCCACACAUAAAGCAGCGAGUCCUAGCCAAAGACUUCCGCACUUUUUUCUUCUCUGGCCCCUGCCUGUCCCUGAUACCAGCAGCUAACAGCCAUUGUCCUUGUAUCCCUCCUGCACCUCGCAGGGCUGGCUUCCCUGUGGGAGGAUCCGAGUUUGAAUCUCCACAUUCAGCUGAAUGAUCUUGGCUGUUAUAAAAUCUCAGUUUCCAUACUAAUUAAAUUGUAUGUUCCUCAUAGUGCUGCCCAAGCACCGGGUAAAAGUGUAUUUUUUUUCUUUAAAUGUUAUUUUGAC